UACGGAUCUCAUCGACCGACGAUCUCUUUUUCGUCCAACGGAAUCGCCACGAUGAUAAUGACGAAGUCGAGAGAAGUCACAAAAAGUCAAGAGGAGAGGAGAAAAGAAAAACAUUCCGCAGAGGGCAGAGCCGUAGGGAUAUGGAUAUGGAAAUGAUCCCGGGACGAAAGUAAGAUAGGAAGGAGGAGCAUACAUGCAUGAUGACCUCUUAUUCCAUUUUUCAUCUUUUUUUUCCAUUUUUUCUCUUCAUCCUCCUCCUCCUCCUCCUCAUCGCCAAUGACGACGAGAGCUCCGAUUAUCUGCAAUGAGAAAUGAUAUGAUAUGAUAGGAUGUGAUAUGACAUGAUAGGAUACAAUGAGGAAAGAAGAAGAAGAACCAAAAACACAAAGCUCCUUUCGGCGUCCUUCCAACGCGAGGUUUUUCCCCUUUUCCACUCGGGUCGGGUCGUGUCAUUGUCGGCGGUGGGGAGGGGAGGGAUCGGGCGUUGCUUCCCUUUCCUUUCCGGAUCGCCUCCAGCUCGCUUGGACUUUUUUUUGCGGUUCCGACUCGUCGUCGGUGCGGGUUCCGUCGAUCGGCAUGUCGGUUCACGGUGGCUGGCCGAUUGGCUGGCUGGCUGGCUGUGCUGGUCAGCCGGUUGGCGACGCAGAGGGAGGGAAGUCUUUCUUUUGUCUCUUUUUAUCUCCUCCUCACGUCGUGGUGGUGCAGCUCGCGUGGUCCUCGGCGGUGGGCGAGUUUUCAUAUUUUCCUUGUGGGAAGAAAAACUACAAUUGGUUGGAUGGAUGGAUGGACGGUUUGGAUUUUGGACCGUUUAUCAUGGAGGGAGGGAGGGACGGAGGGAUGGAGGGUAGUGUUUUGGGAUCUCCGUAGGAUUCAUAUUAGAAUGUGUUCUUUUGUCCCUUGUGGUCAUCAUGGUCGAUCGUGUCUGGCUCCGUCCAACGGCGCUGGCAACGACGGGAAGAAAACG